AUGGCCGCCACACUACCACUUCUGACCCAAGGCAUCGAGCCAGUUUCGGGCGAAUCAUAUUCACCACCCGGCGAACGCCACGUCCAAGCAACAUGGGGUUCCAAGGAUGGCAACAUCUCGAAUACAGAGUGGAAUGACCCGGAAGCCAAUAGGUUACCAGAAAAAGUAGCCGAGUUGGAGAAGAAAGGCGAACUGAAUAAUUCACAUCCGCGAAGACGGGUUGUUGUUGUGGGAUUGGGCAUGGUUGGUGUAGCAUUCAUGAUUGAAAGUAUCGCUGGAUCCGAGCUGACAAGGCGAAGUGAGAAAUUGAUGAAAUACGACAUCAAGCGAAGAGAAUAUGAUAUCAUCGUCAUUGGCGAAGAACCACAUCUGGCAUAUAACCGUGUCGGAUUGACGAGUUUCUUUCAACAUCGCCAGGUCGAGAACUUGUAUCUGAACCCUCAGGAAUGGUACUCAUCAAUGCCAGAAGACUCACUACACUACCACCUCAACACACUUGUUACCGAGAUCGACUCGGAAAACAAAACCGUCAAAACAUCGUCGGGCCAAGCCGUUUCCUAUGACAUCCUCGUGCUGGCAACAGGAUCCAAUGCCCUUCUGCCACGACACACACCUGGACACGAUGCAAAGGGUGUAUUCGUCUACCGCACAAUCGAGGAUUUGCAACGACUCAUCGAAUUCUCAGCGACACGCAAGGGCACGACUGGCACCGUUGUCGGAGGUGGUCUGCUAGGUCUAGAAGCAGCGCAUGCGAUGAUGGAUCUUCAAGAUUUCGGUCAGGUCAAACUCAUUGAGCGCAAUCGAUGGGUACUGUCGAGGCAACUGGACAGUGAUGCUGGCGGUAUGGUUGUUGAGCAAGUACGGGAAUUAGGCUUGGAUGUCAUGCUCAGCAAAAGGGUUGGCAAGAUCUUGACUGAUGAGGAAAAUGCAGUCAAGGGCGUUGUGUUUGAGGAUGGUGAGCAGAUGGAGUGUUCGUGUAUAUGCUUCGCUAUUGGUAUCGAAGCCCGCGACGAAUUAGCACGAAAAGCAGGACUCAAAUGUGCAGACCGAGGAGGCGGUAUCAUUGUUGGCAGCGAUCUCGUAACUUCGACACCAGACAUCUAUGCCAUUGGUGAAUGUGCAAGUUGGGAAGGUCAGACAUUCGGUCUCAUCGCGCCUGGCGUCGAAAUGGCGGACGUCCUAGCCUUCAACCUCACACAAGCCAAAGCACAUGCGCCACGCAAGUUCAAGAGCCCGGAUUUGAGUACAAAGCUAAAGCUUCUGGGUGUCGAAGUGGCUAGCUUUGGUGACUUCUUUGCUGAUCGCGAUGGCCCAAAGAAUUUGCCUAGACGGCCGCGGGCGGACAAGGAGGCGAAUGGCACGACGACUAGGGAUAAGCUGACGAAUGGAUCUACGCCGCCGCCUGUAAAAGCCCUUACCUACAAGGACCCCUUUAAACAAGUAUACAAGAAGUAUCUCUUCACGACGGAUGGAAAGUAUUUGCUAGGCGGUAUGAUGAUUGGUGACACGAAAGAUUACAUCAAGUUGGUGCCAAUGGUCAAAAACCAAAAGCCCCUCGAGGUCCCACCGAGUGAGCUUAUUGUCGGCGCACAAAGGGACGACGAUGACGGCUCUGAUCUCACAGACGACACGCAAAUAUGCUCAUGUCACAACGUGACCAAAGGCGAUGUCGUCAACGCUGUCAAGGACGGAACAUGCAAGAGCAUCGGGGACGUCAAGUCCUGCACAAAAGCUGGAACUGGGUGUGGUGGCUGCAUGCCCCUCGUGCAGACGAUCUUCAAUAAGACCAUGACUUCCAUGGGCAAUGAGGUCAAGAACCAUCUCUGUCCACACUUUGAGUAUUCACGAGCCGAUCUGUUCAACAUCAUCUACGUCAAGGAGCUCAAAGACUUUGCGUCGGUAAUGAGAGAGGCUGGAAAGGAACCCAAUUCUUUGGGGUGCGAAGCUUGCAAGCCCACAAUUGCGAACAUAGUCUCCUCAUUAUUCAACAAGCAUCUACUAGACCUGGACAAGCGCGGUCUCCAGGAAACAAACGACAGGUUCCUGGCCAAUAUCCAGCGCAAUGGAACAUUCUCCGUGGUACCCCGUGUAUCUGGUGGAGAAAUCACCCCAGAGAAGCUCAUCAUCAUUGGCACGGUGGCGAAGAAAUACAAUCUCUAUACAAAAAUUACAGGAGGCCAACGGAUCGACAUGUUUGGCGCACGGAAACAGGAUUUGCCUGAUAUCUGGCAAGAGUUGAUUGACGGCGGUAUGGAGUCUGGCCACGCCUACGCGAAGUCUCUGCGGACAGUCAAGUCGUGUGUAGGGACUACCUGGUGCCGAUUUGGUAUUGGUGAUAGUGUGGGUAUGGCUGUCCGCCUGGAGGAGCGAUACAAGUCUAUCCGUGGGCCCCACAAGAUCAAGGGUGGCGUAUCCGGCUGUGUGCGCGAGUGCGCCGAAGCACAAAACAAGGACUUUGGUCUCAUCGCGACAGAAAAGGGCUUCAACAUCUUCGUGGGCGGCAACGGCGGCGCGAAACCACGUCAUUCUGAACUCUUGGCCAAGGACGUGCCACCAGAUGACGUAGUCCCUAUCCUCGACCGUUACCUAUCCUUCUACAUCCGCACAGCUGACAAGCUCCAACGGACAGCACGAUGGAUGGAGAAUCUCCCAGGCGGUAUCAAAUACCUACAAGAAGUGAUUCUCGAGGACAAACUUGGCAUCUGUGCUGACCUCGAAAAGCAAAUGGAAGACCUCGUUGGCACCUUCUUCUGCGAGUGGACUGAAGUCCUCAAAGAUCCCAAUAAGCGUGCCUGGUUCAGCCAAUUCGCAAACACGACCGAAACCAUCAACGACACUAUCGAGCCGACCCAUGAACGCGGACAACAGCGCCCCUCGUACUGGCCCAAGGACUCCGUCACCCAAGACUUCCGCGGCACCCAAUGGACACAGCUAUCAUGGCAACCCCUCGUUCAGGCCGCCGAGUUCAAAGACACAGACACGGGCGACAGCAAGGCCAUCAAGCGCGGCGACACCCAACUCGCCGUCUUCAAAGUCAAAGGGAAAUACUACUGCACGCAGCAAAUGUGUCCUCACAAGCGGGCCUUUGUCCUCUCCGACGGCCUCAUAGGCGACGACGUCGCAAACAACAAACUCUGGGUUUCGUGCCCCUAUCACAAGCGCAACUACGAGCUCUCCGGCACCAACGCAGGCAAGUGUGCCAACGACGAGUCUGUGAAUAUUGCAGUCUUCCCCAUUGAAGAGCGUGGCGAUGGCUGGCUCUAUGUCAAGUUGCCGAGUGUGGAGGAACUCGAUGCUGUGCUGGGGACGAGCAAGUUUGUGAUUAAGAAGAGUGAGACGGAGGAUCCGUUUGCCAAAUUGGAUAAGAAGUUGGCGCGGUUGCAGUUGAAGGGUAGGAAGGGGCAGCAGGUUUCUCAUUUGGAGAAUGGGCUGGGGGAGAAGGGUAGGGCGGGUAUGAUCUUGGCGGGAGGGGAGAGGGGGGCUGGGGGGCUGGAUUGGUAG